UCCUCAAGAUAAGCAGAGGUAACAGCAGAGUAAGACCAUUGCAACAAUACAUUUCUUUGUUUGAAGUGAGUGGAUAUCUUCAUCUCAUCUCCUUGUUUUUUGUUGGCCAAAAAUGGGAGUGCGCUGGAAAUUAUCUUUACUCAUACUUUUGCAAAUUUUUACAAGAACCACAUCAGCAACACCUGUUACCAGCUGUGAUUCUUGUCAUCAUGAAGCCACCUGCUUGGAGUCAAGACAAAGAGGUGACUCUCUUGAAAGCAGAACCUUCUCUUGUGCUUGUAGAGAUGGUUUUGUGGGUGAUGGUCUGACCUGCUAUGAUAUAAAGCUCUGUGACAACUCUUCCUGCUGUCCCCGAGGUUAUCAGUGGUCACCAGAUUUCGGCUGUGUGGACGUUGAUGAGUGCUCUCAACAGAGCUCACCAUGUCCAGCACAUCAGAUUUGCUCCAACCGGCCAGGGUCUUAUGCAUGCCUGUUGUUUCCCUCCAACAGUACAUCAGGCUUCUACUCCCAGUCAGUCCGCUUCAACUGUGGAAACACAAUAUGUCCUUCAGGCAUUGACUGCAUCCAAACCGAUGGCAAUACCAGAUGUGCUGAUCCCUGUGAGCACUAUACUGUAUUUAAGGAUGAUUGGCGUUCAACAAAUAAUACAGCGUUGAGCGUUAUACACAGCGACAGAGACAUUGACUGGCAGGGCUGGUAUCGCAUGUUUCUGGGACAAAGAGAUGCUCAAAUUCCAGAGACGUGUAUAGCUGAGAACCGGUGUGGAACACAUGGUCCCAUGUGGAUCACAGAACCUCAUCCUGUGGUGUUAGAUGAAAUCUUUAAUCGCACUGUUUGUAACGCUGGGAAUGGCUCCUGCUGCACUUUUAGACCACAUGUCAUCCACGUCAAACUCUGCCAUGGAAACUACUACGUCUACAAACUUGCAAAGCCAACAGCAGAGGGACUUGCUUACUGCACAGAAGUGACCAGCAGAGAUUCUCAAGAUUCUGCAAACAAAAUCCUGUCAGUACCUCAGAUCUAUACCAAUAACACUCCCACAGCAAGUGUGAACAACAGGUCCGGAACUGAGGGAGAAGUACGACUGGCCAAUGCAGAAAAUUACUGCUCUGGCAGAGUAGAAAUCUUUCACAAUGGACAAUGGGGGACAGUGUGCGAUGACACGUGGGACCAGGUUGAUGCUCAGGUGGUGUGUAGACAGUUGGGCUGUGGGAGAGUCGUUUCAGCGCCACAUAAUGCAUAUUUUGGAGCGGGAACUGGACCCAUAUGGCUGGAUGAUGUCAGGUGCACGGGAACUGAAUCACAGCUAUCGGAGUGUCAACACCGAGGGGUUGGAUCUCAUAACUGUGGUCACAAUGAGGAUGCUGGUGUCAUCUGUGAAGCAACUUCCCCAAUGAGGUUAGUCAACUCUGAUCACCGAUGCUCUGGCAGAGUAGAGAUUUUCCACAAUGGACAAUGGGGGACAGUUUGUGAUGAUUCGUGGGACAUGAACGAUGCCAGUGUGGUGUGCAGACAGCUGGACUGUGGAAGGGCUCGUUCAGCUCCACAGAGGGCAUUUUUUGGACAGGGCAGUGGGCAGAUAUGGCUGGAUGAUGUCGGCUGUUUUGGAUAUGAAACAUCAAUACACAACUGCAGACACUCUGGGUUUGGUGUCCACAACUGUCAUCACUCUGAGGAUGCCAGUGUUGUAUGUGAAUAUCAGUACCCUCCACUCCAACCAUCACAGCUUUUUUGUGGCCGCUCUAAACAAAAAGUGGGUCUUCAGCUGACUAGCCUGGCAAAUGCAGGGUUGGACCCACUCUCUGGACAUUUUGCUGCUAAACAGUGCCAUCAGGUCACAGCGUUGCAUGAUGGUUUUGUUUGGUAUGAGAUAGAUGCUCAUGAAGGAGCCUGUGGAACUAUACUGUCGACUAACCAGACUCAUGCCAUUUAUUCCAACGUUUUAUUCCUCUAUGAUAAAAAUAUUGCAUCCUUUCUACUUCCUGUGAGGCUACCCUUCUCGUGUUCUUACCCUCUUAAUACAAACACUAGUCUGGAUGCAGCCAUCAGGCCAGUCUUGGAAUUAAAUGGUGGCAUUUCAGCGACAGGAGCACAACCAGCAGGCUCCAUGUUUUUGUUCCGAGAUUCCAGCUACAGCGAGACUUAUGAACCAGGUCGGGUCAUUCUCCCAGUGGGUUCACCUCUGUAUGUUGGCGUUUUUGUGGAGGAGACAGACUAUAGAUUUGCAGUUGUUCUGGAGGACUGCUUUGCCACCCACACAUCAAAUCCUGAAGACCCCAUGCAAUACCCUCUCAUCCAAAACAAGUGUCCUGUCAACUAUCGACAGGUCUCUUUGGUUCAAAGUGGCUCCUCUCUGCAAGCUCGAUUCAUUGCUACGUUGUUCCUGCUGGGGGAGGAAUAUCGAGAUAUUUAUCUUCACUGUAGUCUCAGUCUUUGCCACAGGGGAACCUCCAACUGUGUCCCAACUUGUCGAAGCAGGACUUCCCGCUCUGUUUUCAACUCAAAUCCUCUUAAAAUGAUCACUAGCGGACCAUUCACGUGGGAGAUAUCUAAUGACUAAAGUGAUAUCUUCAAACAGCGGGAUUCCAAACCUCUUGAAUAAAAAAGAUUUGAAAAAACGGAUCCUUAAUUUGACAUUUCAUAAUUGUGUUACUUCUGUAACAUCCAGUGUUUAAAAAAGUAAUAAAAAAGAUACUACUACUA